ACCCUCUUUCUCUCUCUAUCUGAGCAUUUGAGUUAUACAAAAAAGCAUGUGUCAGCUUACAUCCUCUCGUUGUCAUAACUCCUGCAACUGUAAUUCAAACGUUGUCUACCUUCGGGAAGGGUCAGACAUUUACGAACCCUUGAUCCUCAAAACCCCAACACUAGAACCUGUAGAAAGAUGCAACUUUACGAUCCCUCUCGUUGUGAAGGAAGCCAUCUCCAUUGGGAAGAUAGCUCUUCCCAUGAUACUCACAGGCCUUAUGUUAUACUCCCGCUCAUUGAUUUCCAUGCUCUUUCUCGGCCGCCUCGGCGAGCUCGCCCUGGCAGGUGGUUCACUCGCCAUCGGCUUCGCUAACAUCACCGGUUACUCUGUUCUUUCAGGCCUUGCCAUGGGAAUGGAAUCCAUUUGUGGACAAGCCUUUGGCGCUCGGAAGUUCACCCUUCUCGGAACCAUGUUGCAGAGAACGGUGCUUCUGCUACUAGUUUCUUCGUUGCCCAUUUCCCUUCUGUGGAUAAACAUGAGAAGAAUACUCAUACUUUGUGGCCAGGACGAAGCUAUAGCCAAAGAAGCACAAUUGUUUCUCAUUCACUCCCUUCCCGAUCUCUUCGCUCAGUCUCUUUUGCACCCAUUAAGAAUUUAUCUCAGAACACAAUCCAUAACUUUGCCUUUAACAUGUUGCGUCAUUUUAUCCAUUCUUCUUCACGUACCGAUCAAUUACCUGCUUGUAUCACACCUUAGGUUUGGGAUCAAGGGUGUUGCUCUCAGCGGGGUAUGGACCAACUUCAACCUCGUAGCCUCAUUGAUAAUCUAUAUUCUCUACUUUGGAGUUCAUAAAAAGACAUGGGGAGGGUUUUCAAUGGAGUGUUUUAAGGAAUGGAAAUCUCUGUUAGAUUUGGCCAUUCCGAGCUGCAUUUCGGUCUGCCUCGAAUGGUGGUGGUACGAGAUCAUGAUUCUUCUUUGCGGAUUGCUGUUGAACCCCAGAGCUACGGUGGCUUCCAUGGGUAUUCUUAUUCAAACGACAGCGUUGAUCUACAUAUUCCCGUCUUCUUUAAGCUUCAGUGUAUCGACUAGAGUGGGGAACGAACUGGGUGCAAACCAGCCCAAGAAGGCGAAGCUGGCGGCCUUCGUAGGCCUUUAUUGCGGCAUCAUGAUGGGGUUUGCGGCACUUUUUUUCGCUGUGAUGGUUGGGAACGUAUGGGCUACCAUGUUUACGGAUGAUAAAGAUAUCAUAGCGUUAACGUCUGUUGUUUUGCCUAUAAUCGGAUUAUGUGAGCUUGGGAACUGCCCACAAACUACAGGGUGCGGUGUGCUGAGGGGUACGGCCAGGCCGAAGCAGGGGGCAAACAUCAACCUCGGCUGCUUUUACCUAGUUGGUAUGCCGGUGGCUGUGUGGUUGGGUUUUUUCGCAGGAUUUGAUUUCAAGGGGUUGUGGCUGGGAAUGCUGGCGGCCCAAGGGUCGUGUAUGGUGACCAUGAUGGUGGUUUUGAUUACAACAGAUUGGGAUUUUGAGGCUCAAAGAGCCAAGGAGUUGACCGGACUACUUGUUGAUGACAGCAAACAGGCUGAGCAUGAGAUCAAGCCACGUAAAGCACAAAACAAGGAGGAUUCCUUUUCUUUAUUAGGCGAUUUAGAUCAUUAUUGCCUCGUUUAA